AGAAAAGAACAAUAAAAUUAGAGAGCAUAACCUAGCAUGGAAUUGUUCCAUUGUCUGAUUAAUAUUAAAAUCUGGACUGUCCAUUUCAAGUUUAGUAUAAAACAAGCACAACAAAGAAACUUGGACCAGGCAAAGCAACCGAACCAUCCAUAGCAAAUGAUUGAAGGGACACACAUGGCACCCAAUAAAUGAGCACUGCACACCAUGCGCUGGAGCGGGCCUUUCUUUCCUAUUUCCUUAAACAUCAAAGCCUUAAACCUGAAGGAAAUUGGAAGCAUUCAAAAGAAGCUUUCACUGACAUUAUCAAUAAUGCUGGCCAACAUAAAGGUUGUUUUGUCGUCCACUUACAUUUGUUGCUUUCCAAUCCUCUGCCUCUACCAUUCAUAGUAGUAAGAUCUUCCAGAAAUACCAUCCAACCAUUCUGAUACUGUUUGAAAAUGAAAUUUAUAUGGGUACCCAAUAGUCAUGGCUGUCAAAAUUGAUUUUUUUUCCCCCAAACAUUAAGUAAAUCUAGCAGUUAUGCCUAAGAAAUGCGGCUUCUGCUAAUUAAUAAAUAACCACAUCAUACGAGGUCAACAUGGUGAAACAUACAAAACGUAUAGUAAUCUAUUUUCUAGCUCUGACUUGUUCAACCUGUCCUUGUGGAGCUUGGGAGGCACCCUGUCCCCAUCACGUUUAAAACAAAGUAAAAACCUCCACGCUAGGCAAAGAGCUAUCAAUAAUGACAAUAAAUGCUUCUCACAAGCUAGCAAUCUCAGCUGAUUGAAAAGAAACCAAGAGACCACACAGAGAAAGCAAACAAAAGGGCAGAAACCAACGAUAAAGAUCAAUAUUGUUGAGGAGAGAGCACAAACAAGAAAAAAAAAAUGCAAUCACCUUGCCUAAAAGAAGCCUCCCAAGUAUGCCUUAAUGGCUGCUGUCCAAGCCCUCUACUUGGCUCUCCUGAGCCACAGAAAAAAAUGGGCAAGUCCAGAAACACAGCAGCAACGUGUCGCAGGAACUUCGCUGCAGCAGCUGCUUCCAGUAUCUUCCCAAACACCCAAUUUACAAAUCCUGAGUCUCUUCCAUCUUUGCAAGAAUCAUUUGCAGAAUUCUCCAAAGCUUACCCACAGUAUAUUGAAACCCAUCAAGUUGACCAAAUUCGAGAACAGGAAUACUAUCAUCUCUCGCUUUCCCACCAUACCUGCCUUGACUAUAUUGGCAUCGGUCUCUUCUCCUAUUCCCAGCUUCAAAAACAUGACUCCAGAAAGCAAAUUGUUUCUUCUUCUUCUUCUCAACAUUCACCUCCACAAAUUUCAUAUUUUCCCUUCUUCAGUGUGUCCUACAAGACAGGAAACAUGAAGACACAGCUUCUUCAUGGUGGCCAAGAAUCGGAAAUAGAAUCUGCAAUAAGGAACCGGAUCAUGAAUUUUCUGAAUAUAUCUGAAGAUGAUUAUUCUAUGGUUUUCACAGCAAACAGGACAUCAGCUUUCAAACUUGUAGCAGAGUCUUACCCUUUCCAUUCUAGUAAAAAACUUCUGACUGUUUACGACCACGAGAGUGAAGCAGUAGAAACCAUGAUUAACAGUUCUCAGAAGAAAGGAGCCAAAGUCAUGUCAGCAGAGUUCUCAUGGCCAAGGCUAGGGAUUCAUUCAGCAAAACUAAGAAAGAUGGUUACGAGGAAAAGAAAAAAGAAGACGAAGAGAGGACUAUUUAUCUUUCCAAUUCAUUCUAGAGUGACUGGAGCCAGAUAUCCUUAUCUGUGGAUGAGCAUCGCUCAGGAGAAUGGCUGGCAUAUCUUGAUUGAUGCUUGUGCAUUGGGACCAAAGGACAUGGAUAGCUUUGGCUUCUCCCUCAUUCGCCCAGACUUCCUAAUUUGUUCCUUCUACAAGAUUUUUGGGGAAAAUCCAUCUGGAUUUGGAUGCCUCUUUGUUAAAAAAUCUACUGUUCCAGUCUUGGAAGAUUCCACCACUGCUGGAAUGGUAAGUCUUGUCCCAGCGAAGAAGCUGUUUUGGUUCCUAGAUGAAUCUUCUGGUACUGAUACAGAAUUUGAACAGAUGUCUAAAUGUGCUUUGGAAGAAGAUGAAUUAGAUACAUCAAACUCUUUUUCAGGUCCAAUGUCCAUCCCAAAGAUGUGCUCUGGAAAAUUGGAACAAGGAGAAACCUCCGAGUCCCAAACUGCAGUAAGAACUGGAAAACAGAAAGCAUCAGAAACCUCUAAGACUGAAACUGAAGGAAUGGAUGCAGAACGUGAAGUAUCAGAACCCGCAGCCUCCAAGUCUCCAACCAUAGGAACACCUGAAAGACAAAAAGAAACAGAAACUUCAGAAAUUAUUGAUUUAGGAACACCUGCUAAAGUAACCAAAAAAGAAACUGCCAAACCCAGCAAAAAUCAGACCACGGAGGUUGAAUGCAGGGGAUUGGAUCAGGUUGAUCUAUUGGGACUUUCACAGAUCAGUAACAGGGCAAGGUGCCUGAUCAAUUGGUUGGUGAACGCUUUGAUGAAGCUCAAGCAUCCCAACACAGAGGAAAUACCUGUCAUUAGAAUAUAUGGGCCAAAGGUAAAGUUUGAUCGGGGACCUGCAUUGGCAUUCAAUGUGUUUGAUUGGAAAGGAGAAAGGAUUGAGGCUCCUCUUGUACAAAAACUGGCUGAUCGAAGCAACAUAUCUCUCAGCUAUGGAUUCUUACAUCACAUCUCAUUUUCAAAUAAGUAUGAAGAAGAAAAGGCAAAAGUUCUUGAGAAUAGAAUAUAUGGAGUAAAAGGAACAUUAACAAACAAGAGUAAAGACAAGGCCAGUAUGGGGAUACCAGUAGUUACAGUUGCACUUGGAUUCCUCGCAAACUUUGAGGAUGCUUACAUGCUUUGGGCUUUCAUUGCUCAGUUCCUGGAUGCAGACUUUGUGGAGAAGGCAAAGUGGAGAUACACAGCUCUGAAUCAGAAAACUAUUGAAGUUUAGAUAGAAAUUAUUUGUUUAUUUUUUAUUAUGAAACUCACUGUAUACAAAAACAAUCAUCAAAGGAAGAAAGUGUUGAGCCAAAUUGUUUGUUCAUCUGAUAAUUUCACGACCUUCUGUUAAGUGCAUGAUCUUCUGAGUAGCACACUGCUAUACUUGCAUCUUAGCAUCAAUAAGUAGAUGGAAAGUGGCAGAGUAGUAGAUUAUACUAAGAAACAUGAAUAUCCUUCCUGGUUA